AUGAAUUUCGCUUACAAAAGCAUUCUCGUGGUCGGUGCGACCAGCGGAAUCGGAUACGGCCUUAGCGAGAAGUUCCUUGCCGAGGGACGGAAAGUGGUUCUCGUGGGUCGGAGGAAGGAUCGCUUGGAGGAGUUUGUGGAGAAGUAUGUGGGAAAGUACGGGAAGGAGAUGAUGGGGUAUUAUGUUUUUGACGUGACAAAGUUGGAGGAGAUAGGCUCUUGGGUGGAGAUAGUUACGAAAGAACAUCCCGACCUGGACUGCGUGCUUCUGAAUUCUGGUAUCCAGCGGGGGUUCAAUUUCUCGAAGCCAUCUACUGUUUCCAUGUCACUGCUGCAGAAUGAGCUCGCGACGAAUUACACCUCGCACGUAUAUCUCACACACGCGUUCUUACCGUUCCUGUUGAAGAAGCAGUCUGCUUCUCUCAUGUACAUUUCCUCUGGCCUGGCCCUGGUCCCGCUACCCCGGUGUCUGAAUUACUGUGCUACAAAAGCUGCUCUGCACCAGUUCAUUAUUAGUCUCCGCUUGCAUCUAAAGGGUACCGGGGUGCACGUGCUGGAGAUUAUGCCACCUUCAGUGCAGACGGAGCUGCACGAUGAGGAGGUUCAACCAGACAUCAAAGACGGAAGACAGAUCGGCAUGCCGAUUGGUGAUUUUAUCGAAGAGACAUGGGCUAUGCUUAUGGAGGGCAAUGAAUAUGAAGAGUUCCCGGUUGGCCCGGUAAAGGAGUGGUAUGCUGCGAUGGAGCCCGGGAGGAGGUAUAUUCUUUCGAAAAUUCCUCAGGCUCCAGCAGAGUGUUAGUUUUUGUGUAGGUGAUAGGUAGGAGGCUUUUAGUGCUGGAUUUUAUUUGUGUGUGGAGGGUGUAGUGGAGCCGGAGAUUCUUGAAAUGGCGGGUCAUGGUUGGAUGUUUGUGGUGCCGGGUUGACGUGAGAGGGGCUACGUGGGGGUUUCUCCUAAUCGCGUAAUACCCUUGCCCGGGCAAUAAGGGUAAGGGUAACGGGGAACUGGGCCUAUGAAGUGUAUGAGGUACAGUAUCAUAGUGUGCUGUGAUAGUGGGACAAUUGGAACAUUUUG